AGGGCCUGAGAAGAGAUGAGCCUUGGGUUCCAGCCCUGGAUGUAUAGACAUUCAAACCUGCAGAAUCUAUGAAUCAGGAACCUAGCACUGCUGCUACAUAAAGGUUUUCAGUGCUGUAGUUAGCCAGAGAAGAUGGGUUUUCAAAACCAGACCACUGUUUCUGAGUUCCUCCUCUUGGGUCUCACUCAAGACCCAGAGCUCCAGAGGUAUCUCUUUGGGCUGUUCCUUGCAAUGUAUCUGAUCACUUUGGUUGGGAACCUGUUAAUUAUCCUGGCCAUUGUUACUGAUGUUCACCUCCACACACCCAUGUACUUCUUCUUGGCCAACCUCUCCUUCACUGAUGUCUUCUUUGUGUCUAAUACAGUCCCCAAGAUGCUGGUGAAUCUCUAUACCCAGAAAAAGACCAUUCCCUACACUGGAUGCCUGAUACAGCUGUAUUUUUUAGUUUCUUUGGUGGCUCUGGACAAUCUCCUCCUGGCUGUGAUGGCCUAUGACCGCUUUGUGGCCAUAUGCCGUCCCCUUCACUAUACCAUGAUCAUGAGCCCCAGGCUAUGCAUUCUUUUGUUAGUUCCAUGCUGGGUUCUCUCCAUCCUUUAUGGACUGACCCACACAAUCCUCAUGGCCACCUUGACAUUCUGUGAGCACAGAGAAAUCAGUCACAUCUUCUGUGAGAUGUAUGUCCUACUACGAUUGGCUUGCUCUGACACCUGGGCCAACCAAGCAGUGCUAAUUGUAACAGGCUGUCUCCUCUUCAUUAUUCCCUUGUCACUUAUGAUCUUUUCCUACAUUCAAAUUGUCAAGGCCAUCCUGAGGAUCCCCUCAGCUUCUGGGAAGUACAAAGCCUUCUCUACCUGUGCCUCCCACCUGAUAGUUGUCUCCCUCUUCUAUGGGACCCUCUCUAUGGUCUAUUUGCAACCCUUGAAAACUUACUCUGUGAAGGAUUCAGUGGCCACAGUGAUGUAUGCUGUGGUGACUCCCAUGCUGAAUCCUUUCAUCUAUAGUUUAAAGAACCAGGAUAUGAAGGGUGCCUUGAGGAAGCUUUUUAGGGGGAAAAAUGUCUCUUGA